AAUAGAUAAUAAAGGAAGGUUGUUUAGAUACUUAUUAAAAACAAUAGCAGCAUUCACAUCACAUCGAGAAACAUAACGAGUUGCAAAUAUUAUAAUAAUUAACAUGGCGGAUCCCAAUGGAAACCAAUGUUUAUAGGGGCGUAAUUUUUAUAAUGAUUAUAUGCGAUAAAUAAGUUAAGCUCUAUGUUGUGCUCGUUUGCAUUAAUUAAUUAACAUGGAAAUAAUUUUAUUUAAAUCAAUUAAUAUGAAAUAACGUACUAAAGCGUGCUUGCAUGAAAUUCCAUUGAUUUUUAGUUGAAAUAACUGUAUAGUUAAAUAAAAAAAGGAUCUCUAAAUAUCAAUAUAGUUAAGUCGUCUGUGACAGUUUACAAAACCUUUAGCAAUAUUAACAAAACUACAUGAUAGUUUUCUUAAUUAAUCUAAAGAUUUUUUUUAAAAAAGUAUAAUGAUUGCUUAGUUGGAGGCUUUUGAUUUUAACAGUUUGUUUUAUUUCAUAUUUUAAGAAUUAUUUUAAAAUUUCAGGAUUUUUUCACCGUCCCUUACACCUUUAAAGUCAAGAGAUAUGUAUAGAGGUAAACAAUGAAGAUUAAUUUCAUAUUCAGAGACCAGCGUGGAACCUAUCUAAAAGUCAUAAAGCUCCUUCUAUAACAUUCAUAGCUAAAGGAACAAAUGGAUUGUAUACUAUUAAUUAUUAAAAAUAUUAGAUCAUAAAAGAAGAUUGCUUAGAUACUGAUUAAAAACAACAGCAACAUUCACAUCGCAUGGAGAAACAUAACGAGUUGCAAAUAUUAUAAUAAUUAACAUGGCGGAUCCCCACGGAAACCUAGGUUUAUAGAAACUGAGAAAGAAAAUUUUUCAGAAAAAUGUCUUCAGGAGAUGAGAUGGAUGUAGAUUCUGCAUCGUCAUCCGAAGAAAAUAUAGAGAAUCUGGAAAAUGAAGAACCAAUGGAGGUAGAACAAGCUGUUGAUUCGCAAAGGGAUAAUUUGGAGGUUAAUCAGCAACCAAUGCCCUGUCCAUCCAACCGAAGGUUUACUCCAAAAAGGAUUCGGAAACUUUUUGGGGAAGUUACAAAUCAAGUUUCAAAGAACAGACUGGCAGAACGAGAAGAGAAAACAAAACAGAGAAAGUACAAAAGAGAGAAUGCACGGGAAAAAAACCGAAAGAAAAAAAGUGAAGGAGAAAAUAUGGAGAAAAAAAGAAAAUGUCCAAAAGAUGCUAGGCGCUGUUGAAAAAAUCUGCAGCAAAAGAUAGAGAUCCGUGUAGAAUGUGAGAUGCCCUAGUACAACAUGGACCUUUUUGAUUAACAUAUUUCUGUAAUAUGUAAAAUAUACUCUCUGAUAUGUAAUAAAGUCUUCUAGCAUUUGUUAUAGUA